CUCAGCUUCUAGGAUUCUCCACCAUUCACUCCUAUGCUCAUAUCCUCCACAGACUCUUGCUUACAUUACACAGUACUCCAUCUUUUUCUUAUAUUUUCCCACAUUUUCUCCUUUCUUUUCUUUUCGUUUCCUUUCUUUUCUUUCUUGUGUUUUUUUCUUUCUUCAGUCUUCCCACAUUCUCGGCGUAUCUUUCUGUUAAAGAAUCAAGAUUUUUCCUCCCAAGAAUCUUUUUCUGUUUGGUCUAGAAUAUUUGUUUGUAUUUCAGGCAAUUUUCUGGCACUGAUACUGGGUAUCUCAUGGUUCUCGAAAUAUUUCUCUCUCCUUUCGUUUUCAUGGCCAUGCUUUGAAGUUUGAAUCUCCCUGAGAGGAAAGCUACUAGAUUAGGUGAAAAACGAAGUGGGUAUCUGUUAAAAGUAGCGAAAAGUGAUUGUAAAGCAAGAGGUGUUCAAGGAAGAUGAAGAUUCAGUGUGAUGUGUGUGAGAGAGCUCCAGCCACUGUCAUUUGUUGUGCAGAUGAAGCAGCGCUUUGUGCGAAAUGUGACAUAGAAGUGCAUGCAGCGAACAAGCUUGCAAGCAAGCACCAGAGGCUUCUCCUUCAAUGCCUUUCCAACAAGCUGCCUCGUUGUGACAUAUGCCAAGAAAAGGCAGCUUUCAUUUUCUGUGUUGAAGACAGAGCCCUUUUCUGCCAGGACUGUGAUGAACCAAUCCAUUCAGCUGGUAGCCUCUCUGCAAAUCAUCAGCGGUUUCUGGCAACUGGAAUCCAAGUGGCUUUAGGAUCUAGUUGCACCAAGGAUACUAAGAAGAGUUGUUUAGAGCCACCCAAUCAGAGUGCACAACAAACUUCCAUGAAAUUGCCUGCACAACAACCAUCAAGCUUCAGCACUUCAUGGGCGGCCGAUGACUUAAUGCAAUUCUCAGACUUUGAAUCAUCCACUGACAAGAAAGAGCAUCUUGAAUUUGGAGAGUUUCAGUGGUUAGCUGACGUGGGACUUUUCAGUGAGCAACUUCCUCAAGAGGCACCAGCAGCAGCUGAAGUUCCUCAAUUGACAGUUCCACCGUCAGUCAAUGUUACUUCAUACAGAGCAUCCAAGGCGAACAUGCCUAAUAAGAAGCCUAGGAUUGAGGUUUGCAAUGAAGAUGAAGAGUUCUUUACAGUACCUGAUCUUGGCUGAAGUGGGUCAUAUACUCUAUUACUCGGUUUUAUGGUUUGGUGAACUAUACAUAAUAUACAUGCAAUGAAUGUAUCUGCGUAUUUUAUCACAAGAUAUGUUAGGAGAAACAUAAAGGUUAGUUUAGGGAAUUUACAUAUUCUACAUUAUAUUAUAUUAUUAUUUUGGUUCACCAGUAUGGCAGUAUCACUCUCUGCUAUUGGGUGUAACAAUCAUGCCAUCCACUGUGAUGGUCGUGAUUAUGAUAUUGGAACUGGAUCAGUGCUUUUGUUGCUCUUUUAUGUUUCACUGUCUUGAAUCUUUAUCUUAGUGAUUACAUUGACCUUGUA